AUGGCAGAUACUGGAGAGUUCUAUCAACCUGAGGGGCUACAAGGGCGUUUGGAGAUAGACCUUGAUUCGCUGAUGGGCAUGGAAGUAGACAAUGACAUCGAUGAGGACGAGGGUGAAGUGGUGCAAGAUGCUAAGGACUUAAUGAUGCUUGAACGAUGGCGGGCUGAGCGCGAUAGGCUUGUUAGUGAUGAUGACAAUAGUGACAGUGACACAGACGACAAGGAGGACUUAAGAGAGCUCGACAAUAUUGAUAGUGAUGAUGACAAUAGUGAUAGUGAUGAUGAGCUGCCAACCUUUACCGCACAGGACAGUAUGCCAGGUGGAAGUAGGCGGCAGCAAAGGACGGGGGUCACCUCGGCCUUCAUGAGGCCCAACGACGAGGAGCAGGAGGAGGAGAGGACGACGAGGAGGAUGAGGAGGAUGGAGGAGCUUCACGAGGAGAGGCCGAGGAGGGGACGGGGAGCAGGGCGAGGACGUGGACGAGGACGGGGCCGAGGACGAGGACGAGGAGACGACGAGGACGUGGACGAGGACGAGGACGAGGAGAGGACGACGAGAGGCCGAGGAGUACGAUGA